GCCCCUGGCCGGGUUGGGCGGACCUGCCCGGCAGUCGGGGCGGGGCUGAGCGGUCUGGGGCGGGGCUGGAGUCUGAAGGAGCCGCCGCCAAGGCUGCAGACAGGUGCUGGCUCCGUGCCCCUCCUCCACCUCUUCCUUGCCCAGGCCCUUGGGCCCAGCCGUUUCCUCAGCAUGGCGUGGGGGCUGCCCAGUGCCGCCAGCCUGGCCCGUCUCUGCCAGAAGCUCAACCGGUUGAAGCCAUUGGAAGACGCCAUGAUGGAGACGUCCCUGAGGCGUUGCCUGUCUACGCUGGACCUGGCGCUGCUGGGCAUUGGUGGCAUGGUGGGCUCGGGGCUCUAUGUGCUCACAGGCACCGUGGCCAAAGAGCUGGCCGGCCCAGCGGUGCUCAUCUCCUUUGCGAUCGCUGCCGUGGCCUCGCUGCUGGCGGCCCUGUGCUAUGCGGAGUUUGGGGCCCGUGUGCCACGCACAGGCUCAGCCUACAUGUUCACGUAUGUGUCCAUGGGCGAGCUCUGGGCCUUCCUCAUUGGCUGGAACGUGCUCCUGGAGUACAUGAUCGGGGGCGCCGCCGUGGCACGGGCCUGGAGCGCUUACCUGGACUCCAUCUUCAGCCACCACAUCCGCAACUUCACAGAGACCCAUGUGGGUGUGUGGCAGGUGCCCUUCCUCGCCCGCUACCCAGACUUCCUGGCCGCGGGCAUCCUGCUGAUCGCUGCUGCCUUUGUGUCCUGUGGGGCCCGUGUCUCCUCCUGGCUCAACCACAUCUUCUCUGCCCUUAGCCUGGGCGUCAUUGUCUUCAUCGUCAUCCUAGGCUUCGUGCUGGCCCAGCCCAGGAACUGGAGCUCGCAGGAGGGCGGCUUUGCCCCUUUCGGCUUCUCGGGCAUCCUGGCAGGCACCGCCACCUGCUUUUACGCCUUCGUGGGCUUCGAUGUCAUCGCUGCCUCCAGCGAAGAGGCCAGGAACCCCAAACGGGCAGUGCCCAUGGCCAUCGCCAUCUCCCUGAGCCUGGUGGCUGGCGUCUACAUCCUGGUGUCCAUGGUCCUGACCCUGAUGGUGCCCUGGCACAGCCUGGACCCCGAGUCGGCCCUGGCCGACGCCUUCUACCGGCGUGGUUAUGGCUGGGCAGGCUUCAUUGUGGCCGUGGGAUCCAUUUGUGCUAUGAACACUGUUCUGCUCAGCAAUCUCUUCUCCCUGCCAAGAAUCGUCUAUGCCAUGGCUGCAGAUGGACUCUUCUUCCAGGUGUUUGCCCACGUGCACCCCAAGACCCAGGUGCCAGUAGUGGCUAUAGUCGCGUUUGGAAGUCUUAUGGCCCUGCUGGCCCUGAUCUUAGACCUGGAGUCCCUGGUGCAGUUCUUGUCGAUUGGGACACUGCUGGCCUAUACCUUUGUGGCGGCCAGCAUCAUCAUCCUUCGAUUCCAGAGAGCCCCAGCCCCGGGAUCCCCACCAGCCCCACCCAGCCCGGGCCCCCCCUCCAAGGAAUACGAGUCCUUCUCUGACAGGCUGCAGCUGGUGGGGGCCACUCAGGCCGAGACCCCGGAGCCGGGUCAACUCAAACUAGCCUGGCGGCCCUACCUGCCCUUUCUGAGCACGCACUGUGGCUCAGGGGCUGCUGUGACCUGGGCCCUGGGGGGACUCAUGGUGUCUGCUAUUGGGCUCAACUGCGUGCUUAUCUUUGGGGAUUCCCCCCUGCACCUGCCCCGCUGGUGCUCCACCUUCCUGCUGGUUCUCUGCAGCUUGGUCUUCCUGUUCAGCCUACUCCUCCUUGGUGUCCAUCAGCAGCAGCCAAGCCAGGACACCUUCCAGAUCCCUUGGGUGCCCCUGACUCCGGCCCUGAGCAUCCUUCUGAACAUCUGUCUCAUGCUGAAGCUGAGCUAUAUGACCUGGCUGCGCUUCGCUAUCUGGUUGCUGGUAGGGCUCGGCGUCUACUUUGGCUAUGGAAUCAGGCACAGUAAGGAGAAUGUGCAGGAUCCUCCGGGCUCAGGCAGCACCCGCUACGUGGUAUUCCCCAGUGGGAGCCUGGAGGAGACCGUCGAAGCAGUGCAGCCCCCAGGCCAGGCCAGCUCAGGACCUCCUGCCAGUGCCACCGCCAGCCCGGGGAGUAGCGGCUGAUGCCCAGCAGACUGUUCAGAAUGGCCCUCACUGCCAGGGGCUGGCAGGCCCAGCCCCUCCUCCCCCAACCCUUAUACUUCUCUCCCAGCAUCCUUGGAGCCUCCCCUCCCAACUGGAAGGAAGAAUAUGGGGGGGGGCUGUUCUCACUCACCCCCUUUCCCUGCCCUCCUCCUGUUGGCCUGACCCUGAGGCCCCUAUGAGGAGCCACUCUGGAAGGGGGGCCCCGUAGCUGUGUGUCUGGGGUGGGGCAUGCGGGGCAGUGGGCUGGGGGAAGCGCCCACAGAGGAGCCCUUACUUCCAGUGAGUCACAGGGACCCGCAAGGGCACAGUAGGUGAGGAGCAGAGCUUGGAGGUGUCUGGCAAGGGUGGCUGAUGAUGCUGAGCAAUUUAGACGGGUUUCUUUGCUGGUGCUGUCUGCCACAGAGGCAGCUGGUACCCAUCUGGGCUAAGUGAUCAAGAAUGAUACCAACAACCCACACGGAGUAGUGUCUUUGUUCUCAACAAAGGGAGAAAUGGGCCCAGGGAAGGGGAGAGUCAGAUCUGACAGUGACGAAGUGCUGAGACUUAGCGGUUCCUUUCCUACCUCCGAGGCCUGGGACUUCUGUGGGGGGAUCAAUCCAUGAGCAAGUAUUGUUGGUCCCCUCCUCUGCCAGGUGCCCCCAUCAGUCACUGAGCCCACAGUGGAGAAAUGAGGCUUCUGAGGGAGCCGACCUCAUCCUUUGUUGGCCGUGGGCGUGAGGCCCUGCACGGCAGCCCAGGCUCCAGUGGCGCUUUCUCAGCAAUGCCCACGGCUUGUCAGAGUGUUUGCAAAGGAUCCUGCACACUGGGAUACAGAGGAAGGCCCUCAAGGGACUCGAGUUCUGCUGGGGAGGACGAUGCAGAGACAACUAGGGUGUGCAAGCUGUAUAUAGAAAGCUAAGCUCCGGUGUGUGCGUGUGUGGUGUGUAUGUGCAGGAUGCAUGGACGGGCUCCCUGACAGUCUGCAGGCCCAGAGGACUAGCCUUCCUUACAAACUAGGGUUCAACCGCAGACCCAGACUGGGCCAUGACCCCAGCCUGAAACUCAUCCCUGUAGGGGAAGGAGGCACUGGCUGGAGUCAGAAGACCCGGGUUCACUUCCCUGGGCUUCCAUGUUCUCAUCAGGGCAGCGGCUCUGAAAGCGGGGUCUGGGGUGCUCUCGGUCAAAACUAUUU